AAAUCUGGCUACAAUAGACCUAAUCCGGCAGCACUGACCACGUAUUUGAUUUGAUUAUUGAUAGUCGCCAAAUCACGGAAUCUGCAGCGGCCCCGGAUAAUGCCAACUGUUCAAGAUCGUGCAUUAAAUCCAAAGCAACCGAACCGCAAACCAGCAGCUCCUGAAAACCACCAUCAGCCCGCCAUGAUUCUGCCGGAACGCAGCCGAUUUGUGAUCUAUGCCGUGGGCAUAUUCGUCUGCUACUUCCUAUACGGAAUUGUCCAGGAGAAGUUGACCCGCGGUCGCUAUGGCGAAGUUCUCCAGCCGGACGGAUCCGUUGGCGAACGCUUCACCUACACUUUGGCUCUUGUUUGGGUGCAGUGCCUCUGCAACUAUGUGUUUGCCAAGGUGCUACUUACCGUGCGCCCGCAGAAGCAGGACACCACAAACGUGGGUUCCUACGUGGCCACUUCUUUGACAUAUUUGCUAGCCAUGGUGUCCACCAAUAUGGCCAUGCGAUGGGUUCCCUAUCCCACUGCUGUGGUGGGCAAGUCCGCCAAGCCCAUUCCUGUCAUGAUCCUGGGUGUGCUGAUUGGCCGCAAAUCCUAUAGCUGGACGCGAUAUGCCUGCGUACUGACCAUUGUCAUAGGCGUUAUACUGUUUAUGUACAAGGAGGGCAAGGUGUCCAAUUUGCCGGCUGAGACGACGCUACUCGGCGAGGUACUACUCUUCCUGAGCCUCGCCAUGGAUGGGCUUACUGGAGCAGUGCAGGAGCGCAUCCGAGCGGCUAGUGCGCCAUCUGGUCAGCAGAUGAUGAAAGCCAUGAACUUCUGGAGCACACUUAUGCUCGGCGUAGCCAUGGUGUUCACAGGUGAGGCCAGUGAGUUCCUGUACUUCACUAUCCGACAUCCUGAGAGCUGGACACAUUUGUCGCUUAUUGCUUUGUGCGGCGUUUUUGGUCAGUUCUUUAUUUUUCUGAUGGUGGCCAACUUUGGGCCACUAGCCUGCUCCGUGGUUACAACCACGCGCAAGUUUUUCACCGUCCUGUGCUCUGUGCUGCUAUUUGGAAACGUCUUGAUCGCUCGCCAGUGGCUUGGUGCACUACUCGUCUUCGCCGCUCUAUUUGUGGACAUGCUCUAUGGCAAGAAGGCGUCAGCGUCGGCGGCCAAAAAGUCACCCGUCGAGGGCAAGUUGUCUGAGGAGGAAAAGAAAUUGGUUUCCUAGAAUUUAUUAGAUAAUUGAGGAGCAUAAUGUACAUACAGACACGACACACAUAGAGAAGACAACGCUUUCCCAGGCGGCUGCAACGCUAAAGUGUCCCCAUAUCCUAGAACUGCUAAUCGUACAAAAGGCUUUAGCUAUAGCGAAAACAGCAUUCUAUUUUUGAUCUGCAAAUCACUUACAGUCGAAAUAAGUUAUCUAAAUUAUUAAUACCAUUUAAAAAUGAAGCAAACUGUCCAAAAGUUUACACCGGACCGCAGGGUCUCUACAUACAGGAUCAUUUAAUCAUUUACUGCUACAAUUUAUAACUAAAACAUGGUUGGUUCUUAUUAAAAUUUUAGGUCACAAUUAUUAAAAAAAA